AUGGCAUUGUGUGGCUCUAAUUAUUGUUUUAUUUGGAUGGAUAUUGGGGCAUACGGAAAGAAUAGCGAUUCUGGGAUUUUUAAAGUAUCAUCUUUGUAUACUAAGCUCAUUGAAAAAACUUUGAAUAUUCCUGAACCAAGACCUAUUAUAGACAACGAUGAAAUCAAAUUGCCAUACGUCAUAGUUGCUGAUGAAGCGUUUGGUAUGCUAAAAAAUUUGAUGAGACCAAAUGGUGGAAAUUUAUUAUCGCACCAAAAAAAAAUUUAUAAUUACCAGCAUACUUUAGCACGACGAUAUAUAGAUGUACCUUUGGCAUUAUGA